GCAUUUUUUGUGCACAUUUCACACACCGGUCUUUUUCCCGCGCACGAUUUAUUCUUGAAAGCAGGUAGAAAGAAGAAACAAGGAAGAAAUAGUUGAACAUACAAAAUUUGUUUGUGCACAGAAAAGGUAAAAAUUAAAUAAUUCUGCUGAGAUAUUUUCCGAAGCAUCAUUAAGAAAUCAGAUUGCGAAGCUAACACACUGCAACGAAAGCAGUUGCAUCCAAAAAUAUUACGCGACAGAAAAUUCCCCCGAAAAAACAAGCUAAAGUUGUGAAACAGCAAUAAGUUCAAGAUUCAGGCGAACAAACGAAAAAGAACAGAGAUAACCAGAAGAGUUUUAAAAAAGAUUGUUGAUUUAUUAAAAUAAAUAUAAAAACACAUUCAUAAUGCCACGCCUUGCUGUAAGAAGAAAAGCUGAUUCCACAGAUGUCGACAACAAUAAUAAAGGUGAAAAUGAAGCGCCAAAAUCAAAGAUGCAAAGAUUAUCGUUUCAAUUGCCUUUGCCAGAGAGACCACGUGUUGUGGGGCGGGCUUUAGUUUGUGGCCAGGGCGACAUGGGCCAACUGGGUUUGGGGGAUGACGAUUCCAAAUUUGAACGCAAAAGACCGGCUUUGAUAGAUAAAAUCACCAAUGUGGUAGAUGUCAAGGCGGGUGGCAUGCACAAUUUGGUAUUGACACUUGAUGGUAGCGUUUAUUCCUUUGGUUGCAAUGAUGAAGGUGCUCUUGGCCGAGACAGCAGUGAAGAAGGCUCCGAAUUUGAACCUCGGCUCAUAGAUUUACCCGGCAAAGUGUUGAAGAUCUCGGCCGGCGAUUCACAUUCAGCAUGUUUAUUAGAAGAUGGCCGAGUUUUUGCCUGGGGUUCAUUCCGCGAUUCGCACGGCAACAUGGGUUUGACAUUGGAGGGCAACAAACGUUUACCCAUCGACGUUUUGCCCGGUUUGACAUGCUGUGACAUUGCCUCGGGAGCUGAUCACUUAGUAAUCUUAACUUGCCAGGGCAAAGUGUAUACUGUAGGCUGUGCAGAACAAGGACAACUUGGUAGAGUUUCCUUAAGAUCAGCCUCCGGCGAGGGACGCAGAGGUAAAACAGAAUUGUUGCUUCCCGGUCUGGUGAUCGUUAAACGCGGUAAACGCAUGGAAGCCAUAUGGGCCACCAACUAUUGUACAUUCUUAAGGGAAUCGCAGACUGGCAACAUCUGGGCAUUUGGUUUGAAUAAUUACAAACAAUUGGCCUACGCCAAAGACAUGUCGACCAUUAUCAAACCCAUUAAUACGAAAUUUGAAAAUGUUAAACAGAUUGCUGGUGGCCAACAUCACACAUUAGUACUUAAGGAAGAUGGCUCGGUGUAUGUAAUUGGUAGAAAGGAUUAUGGCCGUCUUGGCUUGGGAUCUGUGCCAGAAGAUAUUACCGACUUGCAGCCCGUAGCAAGCUUGAAAGGCAAAAACAUAAUCAGUGUUUCGUGCGGUGAAGCUCAAUCGUUUGCCCUUACCGAGGAUGGAAAAUUGUACUCCUGGGGUAUGGGUUCGAAUCAUCAAUUGGGCACAGGAUCUGAAGAUGAUGCUCUGGAGCCGGUGUUGAUUGUUAGCAAACAGACGGAAGGAAAACGUAUUAUAAGAGCAGCAAGUGGUGGCCAGCAUAGUAUAUUUUUAGUGGAGGAUGAAACUCAACCAGCCUUCGAAGAAGUUAAGGAAAAGGAAACAGAAAAACCAGAGAAACCUGCUACAAAAGACAAGAAAAAGUCGGCUAAAGAAGCUUCUACUAAAAAUAUAGUAGUAGAGACUGCAAAGGAAGAAGAUAUUGCCGAAGAGCCGGAAGCAGAAGAAACAAAGGUCACAACAAAUGGCGAUAAAACAUCAGAGGAUGAUGCAAAAUCAAAUGUGACAGAUGACGAUAAAAAAGAAGAAGAUUCAAAGACCUCAGCAGCAGUACCACCACCAGCUAAAAGAGGACGCAAGAAAAAAUAAGUUAUUUAAAACACCAAAUCAUCACAGUAACAAUUACUACUAUUAAUACAAAAUAAUACGACUUAAGUAGCUAUUGAACUUUUUUUUUUAACUAACUACUAGUAUCAUCCUUUAACAAAUCCCCUGUAUAACUCGUUUUGUUACGUUUUUAACCACAAUCUAAUCUGUAAAUUUAAAAUUAAAUUUGAUUAAGAGAUUGUAAGAAUUGAUUUACCUCAACUUGUGUUUACACAUACAUACUAUUAUUAAUUAUCAAACUUGUUUUACUUUUGCUUAUGCAAAAUCAUCCUUUGGUUUUUCAUUUUGAAAUAGUAUGUAAUUUUGUAUUUCAUUUUUUAAAAGAAACUUUAACCCUCAAACAAAUUGAACCUUUUGUAACUUGUUUUUAAAUCCAAAAUAAAACCAACCUAGACCGUAUCUCCUCUUGUUUUUAUGUUUAAUUUGUUGUUUGUGUAUAAGUUUGUUGGCUUUUUGUUUCCUAAACUUCUUCAAACUUUUCCUGAAACAUUUCCUAUAAUUCUUGUUUGUUUAUUUGUUUUUUUUAUAUAUUUUUGCAACUUUUGUUUGCUGAAUAUUUUCGUCUUUAGUUUUUUUUGAAGUAUUGAAAUAAAAACUAUUGCUACUUAAAACGACUCUUUCUAUUUAAAUUUUAAGUUUAUCUUAUUUCUUAUGUAGUUUAUAUGCAUUCAAUACACGUUUCAUGUGUACAUUUUUGCUCCUUUUGAUUUGAUGAAAUAAAAUAAAUUGUUUGAAAAUAAA